AUGGACAGCGUCGACAGGUGGUUCAGCACAGAGCACAAGUUUGAACAUACCUGGAUGUUUUUGCUGAAGAGCUGCUACCUGAACCAGACCGACCUUGCAACCCUCUUCCACGUGUGCCCAUCCAUCCAUCUCCUCUCCCUUCUCAUCAACAAACACCGCUUUGUGGACUUCCGCCCCCUCCAACAACCAAUACCACCACAUCUGACCCCCGAAGUUGCCAUGCACCGAUGGAGCCGCAUGUUUACCGCAUGCUUACUCCACUAUGACCUCAGCAUCCCAACCGCCGUCCGAUUUGUUGGCAACAUCCACACACCGCUCAAACGCAUCUUCCUCAACGGCGCACCCAAUUAUGUCAACGCGGAAUCGACCGACGAGAACCUCCGCACCUUCAUUGCUUAUGGUAAUCACAAGACGGUUUACGACGAUGUUAGCAAAACACAAAGCGCAGUCGUAAAAGACGUUCUUCGCAACUACCUUCUGGCAGCCAACCCAGCCCUCCUUCCAUACAUCCAAGACGCUCACACUACUCCACUCGGGUUGGUUGAUGCAUGUCACGAAUAUCGAAAACCCCGUAUCAUCUUUGAUGCAACCCACCAUCCUUCUCUGACAGCCAUAGCAGCUAACGAUUUCACAUCCAAAGCGACCGGACCCGAAACCUGCUUCCCAAGAUCAUUUCCCAACUUCUUGAUCUGGAUCUACAACCUUUGCAUCACCUACCCCAAAGAGGAAAUCUACAUUUGCGACAAUGAUGUCUCUGGCGCCUUCCGCCAUGUCAAAUGGAACCCUAAUGUUGUUGACAUGCACAUGUUCAUGCUAUUUGGAUUCCGUUUCUUCUGUACGGGUCUCUCAUUUGGUGAUAACACCAGGCCAGCCCAGUGGGAAGUCGUCGCCAUGGUCGGCCAGCAACUCGCCCAUUCCCUUUGGUAUGCUGCCGUCACCACCAUCCCACGAGUUGCAAAAUACCUCCCAAAGCUAUCCCUUGCUCCCCGUCCAACACCAUCCAACAUUGCCGCUUUCACUCCUGCCAAAUCCGACUCUAAGAAUCCAGGGGUCUUAAACGCAGACAGAUCCCGCAAGUCCCCAACCUUUUACCACCAUGUUGACGAUUGUGUCUACGCUGACGUGGCCCUAUUCUUGCACCAAAAAAUUUCUGCCAGCAUCCUUGCCCUGUACAUCCUGUUAGGAUUCCCCAACCCAUCCAAUGGGAUCCGCAACUGCAUCUCUUGGGAAAAAUUCGCAAACCCUUUCUCCCACAAACGCAAAACCGUUGGAUGGUUACUCAACUCAAGACAAAUGACAGUGCGUUUACCUUCCAUCAAACGGGACCGCCUCCUCAAACUCAUUUCAGAAACACUGGCAAAUCCGUCUCUGUCCCUUUGA